ACACGCAACGGGGAGGGGGAGAAACCAUCGGUGCCUCUUCUGUCAUGGUUUUACGAGCCUAAGCAAAGAAAUUUGAGUGGCUGAACAAAGUUUGAGAAGACCUGUGACCGAAAUUAAAUCUUAAUUAUCAUGGUUGAUGUUAUGAUACAGUAUGGAUGAACUGCAAGGAAAAGACAAAAAGUGACACAUCAAAGACUAAAAGUUUUUCAGAGUGUAGUUACCACAGACAUUCAUCAUGUCUAACAACAUAAAGCAGGAGAGAACCAUUUGUGUUCUGCUUCCCAACAAAGACCAGCUGGACGUCACUGUCGGGCCAAAAUCCACAGGUCAGGAUGUUUUUAACCGUGUGGCUGAACUUCUUGGAAUCAAAGAGCUGCACUUCUUUGGCCUCACAGUGGUGAAAGACAAUGAGCACAUCUUUUUAGACAUGGAGGAGAAACUGACCAAGUACUUUCCCAAGGAGAGCAGGCAAGACACGGGAAAGGGAUCACAGCGGAGACUCUUACCACUUGUGCUCUGCCUUAAAGUGCAGUACUACAUAGAAAAUGGCCGACUUCUAUGUGAACGAAAGGCACGGCAUCUCUACUACUCUGACCUGCGGGAGAGGGUGCUUCGCUCUGAAUGUCGUCAGCAGGAGGAGGUGUACUUCCAGCUGGCAGGUUACGCCCUGCAGGCUGACCUCGGUGACCACCCGCUGCCCAGGGAAGACAUGGAGACUACUCCUUACUUUGAACCCAAGGAGUACUUUCCGCCCUGGAUAAUAGCAAAGCGUGGAGUAGACUAUCUCCUCUGCCAUGGGCCCAAAGUGCAUCAGGAGCUGUGGGGCAUGUCUUCUCGCGAUGCCACCCUCCUCUUCAUCAGGGAGUCAUGUCGACUAGAGGAUGUACCAGUCACAUUUUACAGACUGCAGAAGGACAAAAAGGAAGAGAGAGGAACGGCUCUGCUGGGUCUGACCCUGCGUGGAAUGCAGGUUUAUCAGGAGGUGAACAACAUACGACAGCUGCUGUAUGACUUCCCCUGGUCAAACGUGGGACGUCUUACCUUCCUGGGUAAGAAAUUUGAGAUCCAGCCAGAUGGUUUGCCUUCAGCCAGGAAGCUGGUGUACUUCACUGGGUCAUCUUUUCGCUCCCGCCACCUCCUCCUGCACCUGAGUAGCAGCCACCGCGUCUACCUCAGCCUCCAGCCUGCCCUCAAACACCUACGCCAGCUGGAGGAGACUGAAGAGAAAAAGCGUUACAGGGAGUCAUACAUCAGUGAUGACCUGGACUUGGACCCCCCCGGCAGUGAGAGCAGCCCUGGUCUGUCCCGACGCUCCACCAGCAGCUCUGGAAUCGAAGCUGAUGCUCGACAACACAGCCUGUCCACCGAAAUGACCUCGAUGGAGGAUGAAGGUCAGCAUGGAGCAGAGAAGUGUUUCAGCUCUGCAACAAGCCGUGGCAGCUCCUGCACAUCUGGGUUCGACACAGGCAGUAAGGCUCGAACGGAAGACGAGGGCUGGCAAGAGGAAGAGAUUGGGAUUGAUGUAGAAAGUCCAAAAGAGGUUCUUGUGGAUGAUCCUUAUGAGAUGUUCCAGUUGGCUGAUAUUCUUGAAGGAGUGUCUGUGGAUUGUUCAGUACUUUCUCCCAAGACUCCAUCACCAGAAAACAUAUCGUGUCUCACAGACAGUGAUGAAGAUCUGGUUAAAUUACAUGACAAGGAGUUGUUAAAACAGAUCCAGAUACCAAGGGCGCAAGUGUGCGUGGAUCGUCACAGCCACAGCUUGGAUGACGUACGUCUGGUUCCACCUCCAGCACCCCUUGGGACGACGCUGCCCCCUGAUUCCUCCCACAGCUACACCUUCGGCCUUCCAGAUGCCUCAGCAAACACGAAAGCCCCCGCCGAUCACUGUCAAUACCCCCUAUUACACUGCCAAGCCAAACCUUCCUUUUACGGCCGCAGGUCGACCAACUGUCUGUCCCUGGACACAAUAGGUGACGAUCAGUUCCUGGAGUUCAUACUUUGAACACAUCCAUGAAUACCCCUGUGCUCUUACUUUAUUCACAGUGCAACUUAACUCAAAGCACAUGAAUGUCUCAGUGUUUGUAUUUGUGGCGUUGAUAACGAGGGAUGUGUGUUCUCCACAUAGCAGAGACAUUGUUUUAAAAGAUGGAACCUCUCAUUCCUCUCAGAUAAUUCAUUAGUUAACAGAAAUCUCAUUCAGCAGCAUUUAAAUCACAAAAAGAGCAUAUUUAUUAAUGUUGUAUAUUAUGUAUAUACUUUCUGCACUAUUUUUUUACAUUUCAAACACUCAGUGCUAAUGCAUUUCUAAUCAACUUUUUUAUUUUCUAUUAAGUUCACACAAUCAUUUUCUUAAGUCUAAGUUUCAUUAUGAGAGUAUCAAAUUUUACAACCGGACAUUUUAAAACCAAGCGGAUUCUGAGGCCAUGCGGUCAUUGGACUUCAUUUCCUCACCCUCAGCCUAUUUUCCAAUGUAAACAUAGCAAUUUCCUCUUUUUCUGCAGGAUAAUCUCAAUAAGCUGCAGUGCUAAUGUUUUUACCUUGUCCUCUUAAUUUUUUAUAAUUGUGUUUUAUAAUGUACUUUAUUUUUGUACAGUCUGCUCUGUCAUGCCUUUCCUAUUAGUCCGCCACAGUAAUGUAGCCACUGAUGUGGAAAAUUGAACCUCUUUACAGCUGGUAAUGCAUUCAUCCAAAGCUUCUCCAUUCUAUACUUGUCUCCUGCUGCCGUAAUUACAACAGAGAAGUAUUAUUUGUAAAGCACUAUUUCUGUAACCAGUGAGUGUGUAAUGAUUCUGCAGUACUUUAGUGUUAUGUAACCCUCCCAAACAAAGAGCUCUUCUUUCUUUCCUCUUUUAUUGGAAUUUCACUGUUUUGUAAAUGAUAAUUGGAAUUCAAAAGAGCUGAUGUUUUUUGUUAACUCACAGGGCAAGAGUGUCUCGAAAAUGAAAAACUUUUAUUAAGAGCCAAUCAUAUAUUUUUGCCUCCUAUGUUAACUCAAAAGUGUACAUUAAUUUUUAUCUGAAGAAAUGUUUUUUAUGAUAGUGAAAAUAAAUUCUCAAUUUCA